UCUGAGUGUUGGGACAGGAGGAGCACAAUUGCGCACGAGUUCCCACAGGCCGCGGCGUCUUGUUCGGACGGCCUUUUCUCAGCAGAUCUUCGUAGAAAGCCCUUCUUCUGCCUUCAGAGGAGAGGCAAAGAGCUGGAAGGAGGAAAUGCCUCUCCGAAAAUGGGAGAAGCACCUCCGUGCAAAGCGAAGGUGACACCGGAGAGUUUCGUCGUCUGUCAGCAACACUAUACUAUUUGGAGUCCGUGCAUGGAGGGGAAAAGGAGAGGCACCUUUGGGUUGGCUUCCAUCCGUUGUGUUUAAUUCGAAAACCAAACGUGCCUUUGCUUGUCCUCCUUAGUGCUUUGAAAUACUCCGUUUUGGGAAAUUCUGGGGAAGAGAUUGUCUCGUAUGCUGAUCGGCUGUGGAUUUAUGGAGGGGCCUGGCCGCACCUUUAAGCACUGCCACGCACAACAUCCGGCCCGUUGAAGCCCGAACCCCGCUGCUGCCUUGUGCAAAGCUGGCGCCCUGAGCCCCCGGGCACCACCAUUCGGGUCUCCUGUGCAUGGCUCUUGCCGCCUCAGGAAGACUCUUGCUGGGUGCCGCCCCAGCCUGACCUGCACCAGGCUCCCCUCGCUCCCCGCAAAUAUUUUACAUAUCCAGAUGGGGUAACGUGACAGCGCCAGAGCAGCGCCGGCAGGUCCACCGAAUGCAGAAGCCUUUCUGAAGAGGGGAGAGCUCAAGAAGAGAAGCCGAACGACGACUACUCUAAAUUUGCACACACCAAGGAAAUUGACACUACGGCAGAUAUAUAUCUAUACAUUUUUUUUUCCUUUUAAGUAUUGGCGGAAAUUUUUUUUUUUGUUUCCCUUUUCAUCAGUUGAGCACAGGGUUUCUUUUAUUCUAAUUGGAUGGUUUAGAGAAUCCAGCCUACGCUGUGUCCCGAAACCUGGGGAGAUUUGCACAAAUUUGUGUCGAUUUGGUGGGGCAAAGAUAGUGUUUUGCCAAACUUUAGGGUCACUUUUGUUUUCCUUUUGCCCUGAAAUUCUCCUCUUCUGCCCCGGCUUUUAAGGGGGUGCAUUCUUUGUUUUGGUUCAUUUUUCGUCCCUGCUCCAAUCCCAUCUUAUUUUUCCCUUCACCACCACCACCACCACCACCAUGGCCCGUAUGAACAGACCUGCUCCUGUCGAGGUCUGCUACAAGAACAUGAGAUUCCUGAUCACUCACAAUCCUACCAAUGCUACGCUGAACACCUUCAUUGAGGAUCUGAAGAAGUAUGGUGCAACAACAGUAGUGAGAGUGUGUGAAGUAACUUAUGACAAGACUCCACUGGAGAAGGAUGGCAUUACUGUGAUGGACUGGCCAUUUGACGAUGGAGCGCCGCCGCCCACCAAGAUUGUGGAUGACUGGCUCAACCUGCUCAAGACCAGGUUCUGCGAAGACCCCGGCUGUUGUGUGGCUGUCCAUUGCGUGGCUGGCCUGGGAAGGGCUCCUGUUCUUGUUGCAUUGGCCCUGAUUGAGAGCGGGAUGAAGUACGAAGACGCCAUUCAGUUCAUUAGACAGAAACGCCGGGGAGCCAUCAACAGCAAGCAGCUCACCUACCUGGAGAAAUACCGACCAAAGCAGCGGCUCCGGUUCAAGGAUCCUCAGAACCAUAAGAACAAGUGCUGCAUCAUGUAAUAACCUCAGUAACAGCCUCUUGCCAAAACACACACCGGUGGGGAGGACACACAAGGCGUAUCACACUCAUACACACAGGGCUUGAGCUCGGGAGUCAGAGGAGAUCAUGACUUCACAACUUUUCUAGGUGGGCAAGAUUCCCUUACCUUUUGCCAAGACCUGGGGAAGGGAAAGGCCAAUUUAACUUUCAAAUGAUAGGCAUUAUAUCUGUUCUCUGCCCUCCCUCUUUGCAAUGGCACCAUUCACCAUUUUCCCUUCCAUUUCCUGUUGUCCUGGGGAACUUAGGUUGGCAGAGUGAGACUGGCAGGUCUCUAGGCCAUUUACACCACUUCAGAGAAUUGGCAAUAUAGGGCUGCUGCAGUGGGUUAUUUUGGCCUACAAAAGCCCUACCCUGCCUCCCCCAGCUUUUCCUUGAGCAUCGCCUCACUUAAUAUUCACUCUGCAAUAUGGUCAUCAGGCCACCACAUCUCCCUCCCUUUUCUGUAGAAUGUCCUCCUUUUGAUAGGUCAUGGUCCAUUCUUGUCCAUCUAUCUUUGAUCAGAUGGGUUUGCAAUGAAGGUCAGGAGUUGGUGAGGAAAGUGGAUGAGUUGGCAGAGGACUUGAAUCACUGAUGAAGAAUCUGCUGUGUCAUAUUUGAUUGAGUUCCACCCUUUGAAGUAUAGUGUCGCCAUCCUUUGUGUUGUGAUAGUUGCACCUAAUUUGGAGAGUUUGGGUUAGAUGUGGAUGCAGGAAUCUUCUCCUUCCCUUUAGAGAAUGACAGCGAGGCUUGUAGUUGGUUUGUGCAGCAGUGGUGGCUGUUCGGUUUAUGGGAGUGGAGCAGGGAACCAACUCUGGAUUUGGUCCAAACUGUGGAGGAGCUAUUCAAGCUGAACCAAUGGUUAGGACAGGUAUGGGCAAACUCUGACCUUCGGGUGUUUUGGACUUCAACAGCCUACUGGCUUUUAGGAAUUGUGGAAGUCCAAAACACUUGGAGAGCCAGAGUUUACUCAGGCCUGGGUUAGGGACACAGGAUCCCAGCCAAAGUGGGAAAACUGAACAUCUUAAGCCCUCCAGACAUGUGUGCUGCAGAUUGCUAGAGUGACACCAGUGUUAUCGAAGGCCCUGUUAAAAAUGGUGGGUGCAGUACCAAAUGCAAACAUCCAUGGAUCAUAUCUGUGAACGUUUCACCCACAAACGUGGAUGGAGGAUCUCUGCUUCUUUACAGUUGAGACUGAAACUCAGUGAGCAUUCAUUGCUCCAGAAACAUGAAAUCCAUUAGCCCAACUGCAGAGAAAAGGAGAUAGGCUUCACAGGUUGUGGUUUCAGUUUUGUGGGAUUGCGAUUCCCAGAUUGUGUAUAUGUAUACCAUCCUUACCUGUACCUUGAAAAGAGAUCCAAACAUCUGAUUCCUUUUUUCCAGAGAUGGAGGAGAAGCAAUUUGACAUGGUUUGGAAACAAUGCUUUUGGGCUCUGCAAUUCUCAGAAUAUAGUGCCGAUUGGAGAAUUUGGAGAGCAACAGUUCCCUCCAAAAUUAUUUUUCCCAGCUCUGGGUUCUGAACUAGUGUUUGAACUGAGAACAGUAGGGUCAAGAACUGUAUGGGAUUAGACACAGGGCAGAGUAAAGGGGACACUGGUUUUUUGACUGUCUUGGGAAGAAUGACAUUGUUUCUGACUCCCACUUGACAUCGUUAAGCCUCAGGAUCAUACUAAAUUGCCACAAGUCACAAAGCUGAGUUCAUACAUUCUUCCAAGCAUACCAUGGGUAGCCACAAACCCAUCAGGCUUGUAAAAAAAAGAGUUGCCAAAAUGGCCUGAUAGAAAUCCAGUGACCCAUGGGUUGCAUAAAAUCUCUAUGCCUUUAUCACAGCUCCCUCCAGAGACAACCAUCUCCAAGGCCUUCAACCUUGUUUUAAGGGGAAACCAACUUUUGCGUGGCACCCAAAUUCUCCCAAGUUUUGCCACCCAAUUUUUAAUGCAGCAGUGGAAGUGUACUUCGGAACUUUUCUGGAUUUUGGGAGGGAUGUAUUGGAGUUUGCAGUCCACAGUAGGUUCCAGCUUAUUUUCUGGGCUGUUUCAGAUUGUUAGCUGGACUUUCUUGGGUCUUUCUUUUGUGGGCCCAGCUUGGGUUUCAACCAAAACAUCUUACUGCGUAUUCCCUGACUCCCCCUCACUUGGCAACUGAUCCUUUAGGCUCCACACCUGACCUUCUAUUUAUUUAUAUAUUGUAUUGCUUAUUUAUGCCAAAUUUUGGGCACCUUGAGUGCCAAGUGAAAGAGAUAACAUAAAAGCUCCUCUGUAUCUAGAAAUCCAUCUCUAGGGAAUGUUAGUGGCUCAUCUUGCAGUCUAGCCUUUUCCCUGUAUUUCAGUAUUCAGAGAGAAUGGAUGAGCACAUUUCAAGUGACGUGAUUCUGAUACAAUUAUGUAGAGAGUUUUCCCAGUCCUUACCUGGAAAUGUUGGAGACUUUGUGAGUGCUGAGGUCUUGGUUGUUUAGACUACUUUUCCCAGCAAGUUGUCGGGACAUUGGGAAGCAACUGUAAACUAUUCCAGGCAUGGGCAAACUUCGGCCCUUCAGGUGUUUUGGACUUCAACUCUCACAAUUCCUAGCGUGGGAGUUGAAGUCCAAAACACCUGGAGGGCCGAAGUUUGCCCAUUCCUGAACUAUACUGAAUAGGGUGGUCUCAAGCAAAGCUUAGUGCAAAUUUAAGACGUUUAGGUCUCGUGACUAUACAAUGAAAUGGGCAGCCUUUGUUUUGCACUGAAACAGCAACAGAAUUUUAUCAGGUGACAAAGAGUUCAAGGUGGACACUUUCCUGCAGUUGCACCAUAUCAGGAUUUUUUCAGUCUCUACAAAACAGCUCCCUGUCUUCAUUCCCCUGACCCCCUUCUCUUGAUCUGUGAUAUUUUAAUGUGCUCUCUCCUCACUGGCCAUGAUGGGACUUUGUUCCUAUUCACUUUGUCCCUACUCAUCCAACCUGUAAUGGUAUCACCAGGAUGGGAAUCUCGAACCCUGGCUGUGACCCAAGCAGCAUUUAUCCAACCAUUGCUGCCAAAUUUUAGCUCCCCCUCUCCCCAAAAUGACCCCUACAUUGCCAAGAGAAGCAGCAGCCGCCAGCCUGCCAAUGUGUUUUACUGCCAACCCAUUCCUCCUUAUCUUUUUGGGAAGCAUAUUCCUUAGUGUACCUCGUCUCUGUCAUCUGGGACAUCUUGGAAAUGUUCCCUUUUUAAACUGCAGUUGGAGUCUCCGAUGUUCCACAUGUGGCCCCACAAAGCCAAUGUUGAGGUCUCCCCUUCACUCCUCCCCAACAUUUAGGUAGGACAGUAGUCCAAUCCCCAAGGAGAACCAGUGCAACAUCCUAAAUCUUAAUUUCCCGCCUGUCUUUUUAAAAGUAUUUUAAAGGAAUUGCCCACCCCUUUUUGUAGGUGACUCCAAUGCUAAAAAAGACCUUGGCUUUUCAGACAGUUCCAGCAACACAAACAUACAAAUGAAUUAGAGCAGCGGUUCUGAACCUGUGGGUCCCCAGGUGUUUUGGCCUACAACUCCCAGAAAUCCCAGCCAGUUUACCAGCUGUUUGGAUUUCUGCAAGUUUAAGAUGACCCACUGGUUGAGAACCACUGGAUUAGAGUCUGUAAAACAUAGCGUGUCCACCCCACCAUUGCCUGUCUAUGGUCCGGGAUGGGUUUUAUCCCAGUUUUACACACCUGUGGCCCCUUCACACUUCUCAGUUAUAGUAGACUGAUUCCACUUCAGCUUCCAUAGUUCUUUGGGUGAAAUUCUGGGAUUUGUCAUUCAGUUUGGCACUAAAGUUAUCUGGCUCAGAGAUCCAGAUUCUCCCCCUUGGCAACAAAUCCCAAGAUUUCAUUGGAUGGAGCUGUGUUAGUUCAUGCAGAAUCCUAGCACUAUAAUUAAGUGUGAAAGGGUCCUUGGUGGAUAGUAUGGGGGACAUAAGGGCCAAAAUGUGUUCUCUCAUCCUUUUUUAAAAAACCUAGGUGCAUAAAGAAUGUCUUUUUAAAAGGCACAAGAUCUCCACCUUGUUUUUGUAAACAGCCCAUUUCCGAAAAGGAUGACCUCCCUAGACUGCGUGCGCGCACACACACACAAUCCUGUCUACCUUUGUAAAAUUCUCUUUUAAAAGAAACCACACACACAAUACCAAAACCAUUCAUAGCACAGAAAAUGUCUUCAAAAGCGUGGGCUCAGCCCGACACGGACGUACCAGCAUUUUUAAUAGCCUUAUAGUGUGGAAAUCUUGAAUUUAAAAAUAAAAUUUGAAAAUAAAAAAUGUGUGUAUCCUUUUAGCCGGAAAAAAGAGGAAAAUGUAUAAAAACAGAAACAAGACAAAAAAAAUGGCAAUGCCUCUGUGUUUUGUACGGGUGCGUGGGUGUGGAUGUGUGUUUCCUUCCUUUUGCCCCAAUUCUUGUAGAGCAAAAAAAUGAUGAUGUUUCUUUUGUAGUUCACAAGACUCUCCUGUCUCAAAAAAAUCCACACUCUGGGAAUUUUGAGUCUCGCAAAGCCCUCUCGUUCCCCUUUUGAUAUGGCGUAUCAACAGCGUCUGGGAAUGUGAAUUUGCACAUUGUAAAAGCAAGGCAGCGCUUCCUCUUCUUGGGAUUAUGGAUGGCUUUGGCUAGAAUUUCCUAUCACCCAAUAGAAGCGGUUGAUACCUAGGCUGGGAAUGAGAUUGAAUCCACUCCUGGUUUUAGACCAGAUUUUUAAAGAGUGUUCCAGGGUGCUAAAUAAUAACCAGAGUCUUGCAUAGAUCCGUUAAAACCCUGAGUGGAUUCAUCUUCCUAUAAACCUGGGAGCUGCCAGCACUACCGCUGGAAAAAACAUAUUGUAAUAUUCAAUGAAAUCUGUGUAUCUUGAAGGGGCUCCUUCAGGACCACAUGCCCAAAGCCAAGGGCUCUAAGGUGUCAAGAUUCACACUCACACUCAAAACACAUCCCAGCUAGUUGCCUACAAUGUGCUUUUAUGUUCUCUGUCAGUGGAGCAGUGGAUCCCUCCCAAGCUUUUACUCCAGGCUUUGAAGGAGCUCUCCGAGGUUCUGAAAUCUGUUUCUAAACAGCUUUGAUACCUUGGACAGCUCCUUCAAAGCUAGUGAAGGCCUGAGAUUGAUAUUCCGCCCUGCUGAUAUGGAAACCACCACUGCAAGGCCUUAUUAUGUUCAGUAUAAGUUUCCAUCAGGACCUCAGGCAGAAAGAGCACAUGUGGAUGGGAGGUGCAAGUGGUACUACAGUAGAGUCUCACUUAUCCAAGACUCGCUUAUCCAAGGUUCUGGAUUAUCCAAGGCAUUUUUGUAGUCAAUGUUUUCAAUGUAUCAUGAUAUUUUGGGUCUAAAUUCGUAAAUACGGUAAUUACAACAUAACAUUGCUGCAUAUUGAACUACUUUUUUUGUCAAAUUUGUUGUAUAACAUGAUGUUUUGGUGCUUAAUUUGUAAAAUCAUAACCUAAUUUGAUGUUUAAUAGGCUUUUCCUUAAUCCCUCCUUAUUAUCCAAGAUGUUCGCUUAUCCAAGGUUCUGCUGGCCCAUUUAGCUUGGAUAAAUGAGACUCUACUGUAUUUGUGUCUCAACAUGCAUAUGGAGGACCCAAAUGCCUUCUCCCAUAGAAUUAUCAAAAGAGAGAAGGGGGGGGAGAGAUGAUGGGUUGGUAGUAGAAAUUAUAUGAUACCCCAGUUCUCCCAAUUCUUAUGUAGUUCCUUUUUUAUCCCAUAGAUCUAGUUCUCACUUGGCCAACUGAAGGAGAAUCUUUCUUUGCUUCCUGCAUGGCAGUGAGUUGGACUAGGUGGCCCAUGUGGUCUCUUCCAACUAUGAUUCUAUUAUUCCUUAAGAUUUCUUUCACACUCUAAUGUUGUAAGACUUUGUUUCAGCUUUAACUGCCGUGGAUGAAUCCUUAAGAGUUCUGGGAUUUGACUGUCAUGGCUCAAUUCUAUGGAAAGCUGGGAUGUGUUGUUUAGCGUGGUACUUGGAUUAUCCGUUCCAAUGGCUCACCAAACAUCAGAUCCCAAGUUUCCACAAGAGAGAGCUAUAGAAAUGCAUCAAAGUGCUGUCACAAAGACCUUGGACAGUUGAGAUACCAGAGAUCUUAAAUAGGAACCAUUGCAAGGCAGCUUCCUUCCCCAUCAGAAAUUUUUGCCCAGCCUAUCUUGAAUGCAGCUCAGUGGUUGACAAGGCCUACGAAACCAAAUUCCGUUGUGGUGAAAGUAGUGCAACCUAAGAAAUCUAAGAAAUUGCAAUCUGCUCCACCAGAUAAAGAGGGCAAGAAGAUGGAUGGUUGUGGGGAAAAGGUGCACACUGCUGCUAGUUUAAUAACCCGUAUGGCUCAUUAUCAGGUUUAAGGGAUGGAGGUAGAGGGGACUAAAUAUGGACACUGUCUCCAAAAGAAGUUCUUCUUCAGUCCUCUAAUUCCCAGCAUUGCAUGAAGAGAUAACGUGGAAAAUUGUUCACACCUAGAACUUCUAUAUUUGAAGUUCUCACUGCCCAUUUGCUCCUUUUCUUUGUUUACCUAAAUCCUUCUCUAAAUGCUCAAGUGAAGAUUUAAACUACUAGUACAAUAGGCUAGGAAUUGGGGGACUGAAGGACAAUUUCAUUGAGUGGGCAAAACUUCAAUUUGUACACCCACUUUAUACAGAUUUUAAGAGGACAGUGUAAAUACUUAUAUUUCAGAUGGACAUACUAGGCUUGGGUUCAGUUUCACUAGCGACAGCCUGGGGUGUGUUCUUUUUCCAUAUUAUCUUUCUUAAACAUGGAAUUUCUUGUUUCUUCAGCCAAAUGAUUUUUAAAUGUCCCCUUUCAAUAGCUUGGAAAAGUUGCUGGAAGAGUUGAAUUCCGGCUCCCAGAAUCCUGCAAACUAAACUUGCUCAACAUUCUGGGAACUGUUAUUCAAAAAUGUAAAUUUGCCAAACUCUGCAGCUUGUAAUUCUAUGGGCAACCUCAGUCAUCCAUAGGGGAAGACCUGAUAUGGGUUGUUUUGUUUUGACCGACUUUUCCUCUGAGCCAUAGCUAAAUUAUUCCUUUUAUUAUUUUUAUUAUUUUUGUUCUUGUUAUAACACAGUGCUUUUAUAUCAGACAGGCGUAAGGUCUAGAAUCUUGACACUUUAUAACCUUUUUUUAAAAAAAAAAUUCAAAACUUGUCUGUUUUUGCUCAAGUCCUGUGUAAAGCUGUAUGCCUUUUUUAAAAAAAAGUAAUCACUUUUUUUAGUUGUGAGAGAUUUCCUUUAAAAGUGUGUUAAGGUGAUUGCUGCCUCCGUCAGCAGCAACAAAGGAAAACUUUAAAAAAUAAUAAAAGUUUCACUGUUUUGUAUGA